CCCGCGCCAUAGCCUGUUUCGUCCCUCUCCUCCCUCCCUUCUCCUCCUCCUGCGACUGCCUUUGGCUCUUCUUUUCGUUUCCUUGCGACUGAACUACACACGAUUAACCUAUCUCGAUCACAAAAACUACACGCUGUGUCCACCUGGAUCGAUAGAGAGAAACUGCUGCGAGGUAGACGCUGCCACGCUGGAUAGGAGACAGGGAUAGACAGAUAAUAAGAGGGAGAGCGAGACGUUAAUUCAUACAUAAUGGUGUUCUACUACAAGGCGCGGCCGGACGCCGGUGACUACACCAUCUACAUGGGCGCCGACAAGAACGAGAACGAGGAGCUGAUCAAGUAUGGCCUCCCGGAGGACGUCUGGUUCCAUGUGGACAAGGUGUCCUCGGCGCACGUCUAUCUGAGGCUCAAGAAAGGCGACUCCAUAGAUACCAUCAGCGAGGGCCUACUAGAGGAUUGUGCGCAGCUCGUGAAAGCACAUUCCAUUCAAGGAAACAAGAUGAACAAUGUGGAGGUGGUGUACACGUCAUGGUCUAAUCUCAAGAAGGCGCCAUCGAUGGAUGUCGGCCAAGUUGGCUUCCACAACCCUCGGCUGGUCCACAUCUUGACGGUGGAGAAGCGUGUCAACGAGAUCCUUAACAGGUUGCAGAAGACCAGGGUAGAGCGCCGACCAGACCUCAAAGCCGAGAAAGACGCGUCAAACGCAGCCGAGAAGGCGGAGAAGAAGAUGCACCUGAAAGACAAGAAGCGGAGGGAGGAGAUAGAGAGGCUGGUGAAGGAGCGGCAGGCGGAGAUUCGGAGCUACAAGGGCCUCAUGGUCGCCGAGAAGAUGACCUCCAAUCGCCAGAUCGCUUCCGCCGGAAAGUCUAUGCAGGAAGUGGAGGACGACUUCGUAUAAGCUACUCCCUCCGUUCCUUAGUUCUUGUCGUGGUUUUAAUUCAUACUAAAAUUAAAAUCAUGAUAAGAAUUAUGAAACGGAGGGGGUAGAUUCAUGCGUUUGUUUCCUUCUCGUCUGCUCGUGUGUGUAAAUAUCGACGCACGCAUCCUGCACGUGUGCGUGGCCUCGAGCCGAUGGUCGAUCGGUCCGCUUCCUGAUGUUGGUAAUGUGUACAUAUAUAUGGUGCCCUUCAUUUGGACGUUGAUCGAUGAGAAAGAAGCUAGAUGAGCGGAUUUGUACA